UAACAAAUGUCAAGAUGCGAUUAAGGAAUCGAGAAUUGAGAGAGACGAUGGAGGGUCCUCCGCCCAACGACUGCUGUUCUAUCUGCCAUGGGGGUUUUAACGUUCCCUGCCAAGCCAAUUGCUCUCAUUGGUUCUGCGGUAAUUGUAUUAUGCUUGUUUGGCAUCAUGGAUCCCCACUUCAUGCUUGUAAAUGCCCUUUGUGUCGACGUGAAAUUACAUUGUUGGUUCCUGGUGAGGCCUCAUUAAGGGGGCGUCAUAAUCCUGCAGUUGCUGAGAUUCUUGAAAAGGUUGAAAAGUACAACUGCUACUUUGGCGGGCAAUCCAAUGGCCUCAUUCAGAGGCUGCGAGACCUACCUUUUCUGCUCCCCAGGUUGUUACGAGAAAUGACAGAUCCUCAGAGAUCUCUGCCUCUUGUCAUCAGGGCUCGUGUAUAUCUUGCAAUGUUCUUAAGUGCUGUAUACGUAUUCAGCCCCAUAGACAUUAUUCCAGAAGCUGUCUUGGGGAUAGUUGGCCUUUUGGAUGAUCUUCUUAUAGUACUCGUCGGUUUUCUUCAUGUCGCUGCCCUCUAUCGGUCUGUCCUCUACUCCCGUCAUGGAGGUUCUUGAAGUUUGUCGGAGUAUCGAUACGGGUAAGACCACUAGUUCUUAAGAGAAAGCUAAACACUUGCACAGCAUGAGCAGUUGGAAAUAUGUUGCUUUGUGGAUAUUGAUAGAUUAGUUUCAAGUAGUUGUGUAGUGUAGUGUUGCACAACUUUGGUUUCUGGAGGUGUGUUGGGCACAAAUAUGUUAAAUCGUUAAAUAUAUUUUCAUAUAUUAUUUAAAGAGUUCUUUGAA